CGGAAGACCGUCUAAUUUAGACAUUUUCCAUUACAUAUUUCGGUUAGUGUUCGUGUGUAGACUUUGAAAACAGAUAGAAAUUUAACUUUAAUUUGUCGAAUAUUUUUUUCUGUCUACUUUCUGAAACGACGAAUAUUUGGACUAAGAUAUUUCGAAACUAUCGUACGUUCAGCCGUCAUGUUCAUCGUCUUUGUAUGCCUGUGUUUGCAAGCAACAGGCCUGCAUGCCUUUUCUGCCACUACUUCAGCACUUCAUGUGACGGUCAAGGAGAACAGUGGAGCUGAUUUAAAAUGUGACUACUCUGCGGACUUUGGGUCUUUGCCUAGAGUGGAAUGGAAAUUCCAGAACUAUAAGGGUUCACAGUCCUUGAUCUACUAUGAUGGCCAAAUUACUGCGCCAUACAAAGUUCGCUUCUCCCAGUACCCAGGAGGCUUGAGGAUUGAAAAGACAGUCCGUACAGACACGGGCGACUACUCAUGUGAGGUGUCGGGUAAUGGAGGAUAUGCGGAGAUCACUAUUAAGCUCACCGUGCUUGUGCCCCCUUCAGUCCCCAUAAGUCGCAUUCCCACGUCAGUCACAACAGGCCAGAACGUCCUGCUGACUUGCUUUGACAAGGAAGGCUCCCCUCCAUGCACCUACAAGUGGUAUAAGGACAACACACCCCUGCCUGAAGACCCCACCAAGUUCCCCAACUUCCAGAACAUGACAUAUAAGAUGAAUGCGCAGAAUGGCAAUCUGGAGUUUCCCAGUGUGAGUAAAGCAGCCACUGGGAAUUAUUUCUGUGAGGCCUCUAAUGGACAAGGGCCUGCACAGCGUGGACAAGCUGUGCUUAUGGAAGUCCGUGAUGUGAACACAGGAGGCAUUGUAGCUGGGAUUAUUGUAGCCCUGUUGGCCAUUGCUUUGCUUUGCUUUGGCCUGUGGUAUGCCAAUAAGAAGGGAUAUCUGCCUAAAAUACCAAAAAGUCAGACAAAAAAAUCUGUGUAUACCCAGCCCAGAGCGGAAUAUACAGACAAUGAUGGGGAGUUCCGACAGAAGUCGUCCUUUGUUGUGUAGCAGUUGCACUGGUUCAGAGGUGCAAUGUGUCCAUCCUCUGUUCCACUAAUCUCUACUAACCCCAGCUUGGGGAUGGAUCUUGUAGGUGUGUGCGUGCGUGGGUGUGAUUGUUUUAUACCACCUUUUGUUUGUUAUAAACUGUUUGCACUGACUUGAGCCAUAUAUACUAGUGUGUUUUAAGACCAUAUCCAUUGAAACGUUGUCUUCGUGAAACUUAAAAUUAUCAUUAGUUCAACAACCAAUAGUCAGAUCAGUACUAAUUAGUUUAUAUAUGUAUGUAUGUAUGUAUGUAUGUAGAGAGAGAGAGAGAACUUGCUUCAGUGGAUGUGAGAUUUGGGAGUGUUGGUGACCAUAACACCUAAAGUGUUUGGUGUUUUUCUUUUUCUUUUUUUUUUUCCUUCCUUUUGUAAAAUCUCUUUGACUCUGUUUUGUGAAGGAACUCCUCCAUGCACAGUUUAUACAAAUGUUUGUGGUCAGUGAAAAUCAUAACAUUUGGAAAAGUAAAAUUGUUAAAUUUGUACAUCGUUUUUAUAUUUCUGCAUGAAUCCCACAUGGUAACAAAGCCCAGGCACAAAUAUGGAAAAGCACUGGAAUGUUCCUACUCUAAUAUUGUAUUUAUUUUUAAUGAACUUCCUUUGCAGUUUGUUUACUUAAUCAAAGAUUUUAAAUUCAAUUUAUAGUUUUGUCUGUUUUAAACAUCUCUCAUAAAAUGUAAAUAGAUGUCUUGUUCCUUUUUUAAAAGAACUGUUUUUGCUUCACAUAAAUCUAUUGUAAAGCAGACGCCUAGGAUUUGUAACAGGACAUUACUGAUCUGUUGUGUUUCACAUCGUUAAUGGAUCAUGUAAAAUAAAUCAUGUAAAAUAGUGUCACCAGGGACAAUUUAUUAAAAUCAGUUUGCUUAAAGAAA